UUCUUUAGCACAAGACACUGAAUUAGGAAUCUGGAACUCUGAAAUCUAUGAGAAAUGGUUUUCCAUUGCUUGCCAUGGAAGUUACCUCUUCUCUAAGAAACCACAUAAAAAAUAAUCCCUAGUUCCCCUCAUAUAUCUCAAAUGAAUUGGGUUUUUGGCACUGUGCUCCUGGAAGAGAUUGAUCGUAGUUUUUCGAUGGAUGGCGGAGAAGAUCAAAGCAAGCAAUCUACCAGGAGAACCCCUUUCACUGAACUCAACCAAGUCAGCUCGGAUUUCAUUCUAGCCAUGGCAAUGCAAGAACAAGAGCAGGCGUACACAAUGCUCGAAACCAUCGAAAGCGAUAGCAGCGAAGAAGAAGAAGAUGAUGCUUCCUCCCCUAAUGAAAACUACCAUCAGGACGAUACUGCUUUCUUUGAAAGCAGAGAAUCCGAAACAGAGUUCGGGUUUCUUGAGAACGAAGACAGUGGCAGCAGCAGUGACCAAGAAAUGGAUGAAGAUGAUUUUGACGUAGAUGAGCUAACUUAUGAGGAGUUGAUUGCACUUGGAGAGUUCAUAGGGGAAGAGAAAAGAGGCCUGCCCAGCAAUGAAAUUUCCACAUGUUUGCAGCCCUACACAAGCAAAUCACCAUCAUCUGUUCAAAGCAAGACCAGCAUUGACAGAUGCGUGAUUUGCCAGAUUGAGUAUGAAGAUGGAGAAGCCCUGGUUGCAUUGUCUUGCCAACACCCUUAUCAUUGGGAUUGUAUAAGCAAGUGGCUUGAGAUUAAAAAGAGCUGCCCAAUUUGCAGCACAGAAGUUUCAUCAACAUCAUCAUCCAAAACCAAGAACAUAUAAACUGUUAUUAGAACCAGUCAUUUCAUUUCAUUGUAUUUAUUGGGUUGGUUUGUAAAAUUGUAAAUGUUCAAGAUAUCUAUUUGUUCUCGCUUCUAUGUAAUUAAUUAA